AUGGAUAAAGCGAUGAUGGCUUUAUCAUUGGAUGAGGAUGAUGUGCCAUUUGAGAUGCCCAAUCUUUCCCAGUUUCGAUUGUCGGAAAGAAACGCUAGAAGUCUGAUUGGCCGAAUCCUCAAUCCAGACUAUCAGAAAAUGUUCAGAGUGAUUCAUGAGAUCCUAGGAAGUGGCAAAAGGAGGGAUCUGCUCGACGUCUUGGAAAAGGGAGUUCACACCUCUAAUGAAUGGGCUCUAGCAAUUGAGAGGUGGGCUAUAACAGCGCUUGGUGAGCGGUGUCUUGGUGAAGUUAAAGUUGUCGCGUAUGAUCCAGACAGACCGCAAAUACAAGAUUAUGUGCGUGUGCUCAUACGAUUUGAUGUUUCUCGUCCUCUUCGCAAGAAUAAGGUGAUCAAUCUCCCAGAGGGUGGAACUGCUACAGUUCGAUUCAACUAUGAACGCAUUCAAAAAAGAUGCUAUGAAUGUCAGAGGCUGAAUCAUGCUAAAGAUGUCUGCCCUCUACUUGUCAGACAGCGACGGGAGUCUGCUUUGGAUCGACGUCAGAGAAUUCUUAUGGAAAAAGCUGAGGCCGAGGCAAUCCUUAAGCCUCAUGAUCCUCUAUUUGGUGUUCUGUCUGAAGAACAAGUGGGGGUGGAUCCACAGACAGGUAGAAGAAAAAUUUCUGAUGAAGUUCUGGAGGAAAUGCAUCGGUACUUGCUGAUGGCUACUGAGGAGGAUCGUCCAAUUCGGAUUGCCAUGAUCAAAUCUUCUAUUGCUGAAGCUGAAAAAGAUCCUAUUCUGCAAAAAACGGUGCUGCGCUUGGAAGCUCCCCCAGUGGUUACUUUAGAAGUGGAUAAAGGCAAAGGACGACUCUUUGAUUUUGAUCUUAAUGAAGCAGCAGCCUCUUCGCUUCCGAUGCAGGGAGGACAAAGAGAAGGGAAGCUACUGGCGUCAGCUUUUAACGCUUUCAGACGAGAGGUGCAGCCUGGUGUUGGGAAGGAUGAUCGCCUUGUUUUUCCUUCUGAGCAGCUAAGUCAUCAUCAACCUCAGCUGGCGAAAACUUGGGCAGGGCCUUCGAGUGCCAGACCAGAGCAAGCAACGAGGUGUAGCUCUCUUGGUGUUCAGAGCGAUCCAACGGAACAUGGUUUUGAAUUCUCUUCUUCAUCACCAUCCGGGAUUGCUAGAAAACAAGCAAAGCCUCGAAGACGACCUCAUCUGCAUAAGCGACAUGCUCCUAAACAGCAAGACUCGAACAUACUUCAGGAGUUGUAUGGAUCGGAGGGGAGUGGAUCAGGUGUUGGGUCUAAGAGGAAAGGAGUGGUACCUGCUAUGAAGGCAAGGAAGAUGAAGGAAGCAAGGGUGAUCCCGCAUGAGGGAUCGCCGAAGCAUCAAUGA